GGUUCGGAGGGAGGGGGGGGGCGGGCUCUCUUAAAGAUGGGGACUGCCGAGAGUUCUUAGGAGAGGAGGACGCUGAAGUGGACGGAAUCAUGAACGGCACAGGGCAGGAAGGUCUGAUCCCGGGCUACCGCAACCGCAGCCAACCGGCGCUCCCCAAAGAGGACCCGCGGGCUCCCGAGCGGGAUUCCUCGGAGGGAUGCUACGAGCAGCUGCUGAUCUCCACCGAGGUCUUCCUGACGCUCGGCGUCAUCAGCCUGCUGGAGAACGUCCUGGUGGUGCUGGCCGUCGUCAAGAACAAGAACCUGCACUCGCCCAUGUACUUCUUCAUCUGCAGCCUGGCCGUGGCCGACAUGCUGGUGAGCGCCUCCAACGCUUCGGAGACCAUCGUCAUCGCGCUCAUCAACAGCGGAACGCUGAGCGUCCCGGUGCGGCUCAUCAAGAGCAUGGACAACGUCUUCGACUCCAUGAUCUGCAGCUCGCUGCUGGCGUCCAUCUGCAGCCUGCUGGCCAUCGCCGUCGACCGUUACAUCACCAUCUUCUACGCGCUGCGCUACCACAACAUCGUCACGCUGAGGAGAACCACGCUGGUCAUCGGCGGCAUCUGGACCUGCUGCGUGGCGUCGGGCGUCCUCUUCAUCGUGUACUCGGAGAGCACCACCGUGCUGGUGUGCCUCAUCGGCAUGUUCUUCACCAUGCUGGUGCUGAUGGCCUCGCUGUACGUGCACAUGUUCCUGCUGGCGCGGCUGCACAUGAAGCGCAUCGCCGCGCUGCCGGGCCAGGCGCCGGUCCAGCAGCGCGCCAACAUGAAGGGCGCCAUCACGCUCACCAUCCUGCUGGGCGUCUUUGUGGUGUGCUGGGCGCCCUUCUUCCUGCACCUCGUCCUCAUGAUCAGCUGCCCCCGCAACCCCUACUGCGCCUGCUUCAUGUCGCACUUCAACGUGUACCUCAUCCUCAUCAUGUGCAACUCCGUCAUCGACCCGAUCAUCUACGCCUUUAGGAGCCAGGAGAUGAGGAAGACCUUCAAGGAGAUCUUCUGCUGCUCCGACACCCUCGUGUGCGUGUGAACGUCGAGCUUUUCGGCUUUGGCCGUCUCGGUUUUACGGAGCCAGGCUUCCUUCGAAGUGCAAAGACUGGACUAAAAAAAAUCUUCACGUUUAAAAUGACGACUACGUGGAUGUGCGUGCAUAUUUUGCACAAGAUGGUCUUCACACCGAUCAGAAAAACACCUAGAAUUAUUAUGUAUUCUUCUGGGGAAGACAUUGUAUAUGGUUCACACUUUCAUCCAGAAGAACAAAAUCUCCCCUCCGAGUAUCCUUCCCCAAAGUGUUCCCAAAAAUAUUUCUUGAGAUCAACUACAACUCCUCCAACGAGUCCUUGUCCCAAUAGUUUUGCCCCUUUAACACGGAUGGAAAAUCCAGGGAUGAGAAUGACACUGAAAAUGUCUGCUGACACAUGCACGGGCACAUUUUUUUUUUUUUAUAAAACACACUAUUAAAUGGUGAACUUCUGGUUACUUCUAACAGUGAUACAGGGCAAUCAUAACAUUUUGAAAAGUUAAAAUAUGAGUCCAAACAACUAAAAUGAUUUUGCCAAACUUUAGACAUAAAAAUGUAGACCGAGUGACAUUUAUAUCAAAUAGGCUACUGCACUUACAAGUUAUACUUCAGAAAUAAGGACAUAAUAACUAAUUUGGUUAUUAUUAUUUGAUAUUAUGAGAGAGAGAGAGAGAGAGAGAGAGCUCAUGAAAUAUAAAAGUGAGCGAUAAAAUACGUGAUCUACAGGGCCAGUGCUACAGUAAAGUAGCACACUGCUAAUCGUGUUAACAGUUGUCAAUUAUAUCAUAUUUGAGAAAUU